CUGCACAACAAGCUUGCAUAUCCAAAGAGGGACGGGUUUACCUUACAUUUAUCCUAAUUACCACAGCUCUACUUAUCAGCCCUCACGUCACUCUGAAGGCAUCGCUUACUAGUAUCGACUACUACUCUGCGACACCUCUGCAAGCCCUUACAUCCUGCGUUCCUCCAAUUGACUGGCCGUCACUUAGACAUCGUUGAACCAAUCUAUAGAUUUUGGUUUUUUUUUUUUGUUUCCAGCAUCUGUCACUUUACAUUCUCCGCCUGUGGGCAUAAUACCAUUCUAAAAAAUGCCGAGCCAAGAUCCAGCACUGCUGAACCAGCUUCGGAAUAAUGUCGAAUUCGCAUCCGUGUCCCAGUUCCUUCAUACCUUCCAGGCUGCUUUGGAACCGUCGCGAUAUGCUCAACGCAGUUCCAGCCAAACAGGGUCUCGUCAAGCUACACCGUUGAUAGAAGAGGGCCCGUUUGACACUGAGCACUUUGAGCAAAUGCUUCUGGACGAUGGUGAACGAUACCGUUUAGAGUAUCUCAUAAUACGACUUUUGAAAGUGCUUACGCGCAACCGACUUGUCAGCUCAGAAACUUGGCAGCUCUAUUUGAUCCGCGAGUUCUAUAAACGCGAACCAGAAGAAAAUAAUCCAUUUUAUCAAGAGAACUAUUGGCCAUUUCCAAUGUCAAAGACAAAGAUCAUCUAUGAGCCAAUAGACCCAUCGUCAAAAGAAGAGAAUGCAGACGAUGAUGCUGCAAGCUCUGUACUAUCGGAGGAAGAGACGGAUGAUCAACCACGAGAUUCAAAAGAGCCAGAUGAUAAGAAGGAAUCAAAUAUCAAGAUGGAAGAACAAACUCCAGAGAUUGAAGCUCCUCUAGAGGAGCAGCCUGACCCUAUCAAUUUUUUCGACCUUGAUCUUGAUACCAAAGUACAUGUGCUCUAUAUUCUUUGCGAGUGGCAACUAGACGACCCAGAAAGAAUGAGAGAACAUCUUCCUAGCGAGGACGAUGCAGCUCAUUGGAGAGUUGAUCCUGUCGGAUACGAUGCAAAUGGGAAUACAUAUUGGCUCUUUGAUGAUAAUCGACUGUACAGAGAGUCUCCAGCUCCUCCCAAGUCCAAGACCAAGUCAAAAGGCAAAGGUUCCGCAAAGAAGAAGAAACAGCGGCCACCGCCUCCUCCUCCGGUCCGUAGAGGUACAAGGCGUGGUCUUCGAUCGACAGGAAAUGACACCCCACCUCCAGAAGAAGAAGAACCGCCUACUCUUACUCAUGAGGAGGAAGCUGAUGAGGAAUGGAAACCCUGGAAGAUGCUCUGUAUCUCGGCUACUGACUGGCAAGCAUUCCCAAGCCGGUUUGAAAAUAGCAAGAAUCGCGACGAACAAAAGAUGCACCAGUAUCUAACCAAGGAUCUCCUUCCUCAAAUUCUUCCAAUAUUAGAGGAACGCGAAAAGGAGAGGAAGCUGGAACAAGCUCUGAACAGUCGAAAGAGAAGCAGUCGUAUACAGAUUCGAGAUUUACAGCAUCAAGAGCGACUUCGUCAAGAGACGUUGGCUCAACAAGCUUUUCAGCACCAGCAUAGGCUUAGAACAACACGUCAAGAUGAUAUGGCAAAGAAGAAGGAAGCUGAAGUUCAAGCUGCUGCAGUAAACUCUCGUGAGGACAGAUUGCGCGAACGAGAGCAACGCAUACAACAGCGUGAAAUGGACAAAGCCAAGGCGAUCUCUCGUCAGGAGGAAAGGGCGGCACGCGAGGCAGCUCGUGAAGCAGCUCGUGAACAAGAGAAGCUAUUGAAAGAACAGCAAAAGGGCGAACGGAAACUACUAGGACCGAAUGACAACGAUGUCAAAGCGCAAGCUCCAAAACCUGUCAAGAAACGUGGUCCUCGCAAGAAGAAGCCAAAGUUUGAUGAAGACAAUUGGACCUUUGAUUGUCUUUGCGGUGUAAAAGGGCAAAAUUUGGACGAUGGUACACCUAUGAUUGCCUGCGGUCGCUGUGGAACAUGGGCUCAUAUUGCCUGUCUUGCCAAGCACGAUAAGACUCGAAAAUUGAUGAAGGCUUGGGAGAACGUCGACUAUACAUGUCGCAACUGUCUUGCUAAACCACCUGCUGUGACGCACUUCACUAUAGAUCAUGAUAAAGAAAGGACUAUAGAGCAUAACACGCACAAGCGACCCUGGAUGGAGUCUGCCAGCCCUCAUCAUCACCAAGCCAACCCUAUCAUCAAGUUUACGAAGCCAAACGAAGGUACCAUGGGCUUUGGUCCCCCACGCGUUCCAGUGUAUAACCACCCUGGUACUGGCGUAUACUCACAUGAUGGACCACCAAGAGUUGAAGUCAAUCAGCACAGGUACCCACAGCAACCCAUUCAAUUCCGUCAUCAAAACGGUCAUAACGGGCAACCUCCCUAUGCUACAAGUCCACCUUCCGCUGCAGGACCACCGCGGCCUCAGCACCAUCAUCAAUCACCUAGUCAUCCAUCACCACCAAGUCAUCAUGGCUAUCCGUUACCUAUGGCUCCUAUUAGUCAUCCUGGUUUCUCCUCUCAGCUUCCACCGCUUCAAUCACGGCCACCGUCUCAACCGACCCACAACCAACUUCCACACUUGAAUGCUCUUCAGUCCUCUGCUGGCAAGCUACCUUUCCCACCUCAAGUGGAACAACGGCCACAACAGCAGCAUAGUGCAUUCACCCCUCUGCCAGCGUCGUCUCCGCCUUCCUUACCACCCAUUCAUCAUCAAGCGCCGGCUUCAUACCGCCCGUCGUACGGUCCGCCCCAAGAACCAUUGCCUGCCCCUCGCCCAAUGCCACCCAACCAACCUGAGCAGCAGCAAGGAUAAUUUAUCGGAUUUCGCUUACACACUAAGUAGUUUUUUUUUUUUUCGUAUAGCUGUUGUGGUGAAAGGUUCGUUUUCUUUGUUUUUUUUUUCUCGGAUCGCAGAGAAUAAGAAAGAAAAUAUUUAUAUAUUAUAAUACC